GUGUUCUUGAUCUUAACUGUCACAUGUCUUUAUCUGGAUGUUUUAAAGGUUAACUUAAAUUGUUAGUAUAGAAAUGGACUUCCUAGCUGUCGCACAUAAUCUAGGGAUCGUACUUGUGUUCUUUUUUACAACACUUCCAUUCAAAAAUGUGUCAGGAGGACCUAUAUUCGUUUCCGAGAUGUCAAUUAAUAACAACAACAAAGAGGUCAGGAAAGGUACCGUCGAUCAAAACGUUCCAGAUAACUACAUGAAGAUGAGAAAACGGUUGCUUGAAUCCGAACGAAUUGAUAUGGUUGGUGGGGAAUUGGUUCUUACCGCUAAGGAAAAGGAACUAAAUGCAAGACUUUUAACAUUGAAAAAGGCAGAAUUCGAUCAAGCUCACUAUAAUAAGUCUACGUUUGCGCCGCAAAACAACUUCCUUAUAUCGAAAGCACUUUAUGAACAAAGCGAUAUCUUCAAGAUGAUACAGAAAAUGCCCAAAGGCGGCGCUUUGCACGUGCAUGACGUGUCCAUAACAGACCUUUCUUGGUUGGUACAGAACGCCACCUACCGGACCAACUGCUACAUGUGCACCGACGCCGCUGGAAAACUUAAGUUCUUGUUCUUCCAAACACCCCCUCCUAACACAGAAUGCCCAUGGAAGUCGGUAGCAAGCGCGAGAGCUGUCUCUGGCAACCCUACCACGUUCGAUCAAAUGUUACUUGACAAUUUGGCAUUCAAUUCCACUGACGCCGAUAAAGAUAUCAAUGGCAUCUGGGCACGAUUCGAGGACAUUCUGAUACGCGCCGAGGGUCUCAUCUUAUACAAGCCCGUGUUCGUAGACUACUACAACGAGGCGCUGAGGGAAUUCCAGGCGGACAAUGUGCAGUACAUUGAGGUUCGAGCUCUUCUCCCAAAUGUGUACAACGACGACGGAACUACGCUUUCCCCGAGGGAGGUGUUGCAGCUGUACAAGGACACCACGGACACCUUCAAACAACAUAAUCCAAACUUUAUAGGUGCGAAGAUCAUUAAGACCAACGUCCGGUUUUUCAAUGAAUCGGUGAUCCUGGACGACAUUAAAAUGUCCCUGCAGCUAAUGGCGGAUUUCCCGGACUAUUUCGGCGGAUAUGACCUCGUAGGCCAGGAGGACCCGGGACUUCCCCUGAUUGAUUAUCUAGAUGCUCUUAGAUACCCGUCGACGCUGAAUCCACCUGUCAAUCUUCCGUAUUUCUUCCAUGCCGGGGAAACAAGUUGGCAAGGGACCCGGGUUGAUGACAACCUCCUGGACGCCGUGCUGCUAAACACCACAAGGAUCGGGCACGGCUACGCCCUUACCAAGCACCCGGAAGUGAUGAAGAUCGUCAAGGACAAUCACAUCGCCGUGGAAAUCAACCCUAUCUCGAAUCAGGUGCUAAAACUCGUCGAUAACCUGCAAAACCACCCUGGCGCCUCGCUCAUCGCGGCCGGAUAUCCGGUGGUUAUAAGCUCAGAUGACCCGGCGGUCUGGGGAGCCACCGGCCUCUCUUACGACUUUUACGCAGCCUUCAUGGCGAUGUCCGGCGAGACGGAUGGUCUCUCCCUACUAAAACAGUUGGCGAUGAAUUCCUUUUUGUACAGUGCUAUGAACGCUACGGAAAAGGUGGCGGCACUGUCUACGUGGACGAUCAUGUGGGACAACUUCGUACUGAACGCUUUUAAAGAGCAAAUGUAGAUUUGUGACUUGAACCAAGUUCCGUUCCUGUGUGUUAAUAUGAAAAUACACCGAAGUUUUGAUGUAACUGAGUUCCGUUCUUGUGAUAGUGUUGAAACGCACUUCCGCAUCCGCAGUUGGCAUGGUAAAAUUUGUGAAUGCAAAAUCAUAAGAAAUAUUCAGAGUUUCGGAAACAUAGUUGUUUUACUAUUAAGUUAUUGUUAAAUGAUAACGCUUUUUCGGAAAAAAAUAUAGAUAUCUGAUAACAGUGUUUUAUUAAGUAUUCCCAGUGCAAUAUUUAUUGUUGUUUUUUACAUAUUUUUAUAUUAGAUUGUGCACUUAUUAAAAGCCCUUUUAAAAUCCAUUUGGAUUAUGAAUGUUAGAUUGCAAACUUAAAACAGUAUGUUACAUGUUGUAUAUCGGCCGUGCUCUGUGAAAGGGGGUUCAAUGUGCAGUCUGCACAGGCUAAUCAGGGACGACGCUUUCCGACUUAACUGGAUUUUUUGCUAAGAAGAGACUUUCUUUACACAAAAAAUAUCAUAAAAAGCGGAAAGUGUCAUCCGCACAUGCAUUAAACCCCCUUUUUCACAGAGCACGAUCCAUAUGUUUAUUGUAGAGUAAUAGUUCUAUCAUUCACACAAAAAAAAAUUCUAAUAAAGUUAUACUUUAUUCAAAUUAAUUGAAAUACUUAUCAAAUGCAACCAAGCAAAAAAUGAACAAAGUAACAUAUUGUUCGUAUGAAAAAUGACUUACAAUUGUGAACAUUGCACACGACUAUACGAAAUAAAUUAUGUAAUUUUGAUUAAAUUGUUAUACACAAUAUUUUAAAUACGACCUUUAUGUUAUAGGCUUCUACAAAAUGAACUCCUUUAUUUUGCAAAGGAUAACAGAUCUUUAAACGGCAAUAGUUCAAUGUUGCAAUAUAUUUAAAAUAUAUGUGUUUUUUCACCUGCAUUUCAACAAAGAUAUGUAUAAUUGUCUUAAUUAAACUACUUUAGUUGUGUGUUUUAGAUUUUCUCAGUGCUGUUUUAAGAUCUUAAGUUGUAAACAAACUUAUAUUAGAAUUAACAUUUUAUGUUCGUGACAUUAAUACGCAUAUCAUAAUGUCGUCCUGCAGACAUGUUCAUAUUUGCGUAAUUCAAUAUGAUGGUAUGUUUAUGUGUCGGAAUAGAUCCCUUGUUUGAAUCGUUGGUGACUUGUUUCGAUUUUGUGUUGUUGUAUGAAUAUAGUAUUUAUAUUUGAAAGGACUAAACAGUAUCAAUACAGGACCUGUACUCAAUUAUUACUUCAUGUCAUUUGUUGUGGAUAUUGUUCAUGGUAUAUUUUAGUUGUAUGAAUUUAGUACUUUUAUUUGAAAAGACCAAACAGUAUCAAUCGAGGACCUGUACUCAAUUAUUACUAUUAUUAUAACGUAUCAUUUGUUAUGGAUAUUGUUCAUGGUAUCAAUCAUGCAAAGAUAUAUAGCAUUUUAGUUGAAUGUUUGAUGAAAAUGAAAUUUAUCAAACGCGGCUUCGAAAUAGAUUGAUGCUUUACCUGUGCGAUUAACUUCAUCUGCAUUCAACAUUUAACUUAUGAUGUAUGUAUCAUAUGAUUAAUAUGUUUUUUCAUAACCAUGUAAACAGUAUGAUUUGUAUCAAAUUAUGAAUCAAAACUCCAGCGUUCCCAAGAUUUAGCACUAAGUUUAUUAUAACUGCAAAUGAUCGUUUGAUAAGACAUCACAUUAAAUAAGAGGCAUGCUUUUUGAACGAGCUUUUGAAAUGAACUUAAGGUAUCCCAAACUACUUUAAGUGUCAAGCUACAAUGCAUAAGAUGGUUAUUGUUUGAUGGAUGGAUUCAUUGUAGCAUAAGGUUAAUAAGGUUAUUGCAAUUUAUUUUAAUUAUAAGAGUUAGUUUUAUGUAAUAAUGAUCGUAAUGGUAAAUUAUUUGUCGAUAGACUAUGCGAGCAAGACCAAUGUUCUUAUCUUCGUUUGAUAAUCAUUUACUUUUAUCUUAUCUUGAAAUAUUUAUCUUACGAUGUUAAGAGCUCUUUGGGGUCCAAUUUGUAUAAUUUAUUAUUUAUCACAUUGUUUAUCAUUUAUUUAAUUAUUACAUUUUAUUCGUUGCAUUUUACUAUCUGUUUAUGAAUAGUUAAUUUAAGAUUUUUCUAUUUUAGAUUUGUUAUUGAGAUAUUCUAUUUUAUAUGACAUUGUCUGAAUGUUAAGUGAACUGUGAAUGAUAAUAAUGAUAAUCACGCCAUUGCUUUUAUCCACAUUUUUUAAAGAAUAAUUAUUAUUUAUAAUUGUUAGCUUGCAACAUAUUAUUUUUAAUUGAAUGUGUAGGUAUUAAAAGCCUAAACUGUCGCUGUUUAGAGACAACGUUAAUUUAGAUGCAGACGCAAAAUAAAAAAUCAAUCAACCAUCUUUCAAAAUAUAUCUAUAAUGCAAACUGUGAACGGAAUACCAAUAAUUCUGAAAAACUUAUUUACGUAUAGUGUCUCAGUAUUUCAAUAAAAACAGUUAUUUCCAAUUAAAGUUGAACAACUUAUAGUACCUAUCAGUUUAAUCUAGUUCAGCGCUUUCACCAUUUCAUAUUGUCUCAUUAUUUAUGUAUUGCAAUUGUGAUGUGUUGUAUAUGGCUCAACAUUUCAUAUUGUCUCAUUAUUAAUGUUUUGCAAUUGUGAUGUGUUGUAUAUGGCUCACCAUUUCAUAUUGUCUCAUUAUUUAUGUAUUGCAAUUGUGAUGUGUUGUAUAUGGCUUAAAAGCAAGUGUAUGCUUACAAGCGAAUACAUGUUGUUGUUAUUGUUGUUAAGGAAUGGUACAUUUUAUUUAUGAAUUGACAUUCGAAAGGCAUUGUUUUUAUUCAGUGGAUCAGGGUUUUAUUACUUUUAUUCUUAGUUGUUGUAAAGUAGAAUGACUGUAUGAUAAAUAAGUACGGCGGCAUUAAAGAGCGGCAAUGAUACAUUGCACCGUUAGAAAAAAUGCGCUUUGUUAAAUUGCAUACUGUAGCAGUUUAAUUUAAUCGAAACUUCGUAAUAAAAUAAAAAUAAACUACGAUUCUUACAAAAUUGUCCUUUUAUUAUAUACUGGUGAACGCAUCCUUAUGUGACGUCAUCCAUUGUAGACGAACAUGGAGCUGCAUCAUUUACAAUACCAUAAGGGACUCAGUAUUGAGUCACUAGCUUUUUUGAACUGUAUUUGAAAUAACAUUUAAAUCAUGUAUGCAAUGAUUGUUUUGUGACUAGUCUUACAAUAAAAACGAAUACAACAGUUA